CCCAGGCCAGGCCCAGCUGGGCCGCGCCGUGCCAGGCGCUGCCGGGCGCCCUCCCGCCGCCGCUCGCCCCGCCCUCCCCCCGCCCCGGCCGCUGCCCGAAUCAGUGGGAGGAAGAUGGCGGCGCUCAUCCCCCUCAGCCAGCAGUUUUCUACAGGGAAUCCAUUAUACGAAACUUAUUACAAACAGGUAGAUCCAACGUAUACGGGGAGAGUUGGGGCAAGUGAAGCUGCACUGUUUCUUAAAAAGUCUGGUCUCUCUGAUAUUAUCCUUGGAAAAAUAUGGGAUUUGGCUGACCCGGAGGGUAAAGGAUACCUGGAUAAACAGGGUUUCUACGUCGCGUUGCGCCUUGUAGCAUGUGCACAGAAUGGCCAUGAUGUUAACCUGAGCAGUCUGAACUUGACUGUGCCACCUCCUAAAUUUCAUGACACUAGCAGUCCUUUGCUGAUCACACCGCCUUCAACAGACACUCACUGGGCUGUUAGGGUGGAAGAAAAAGCAAAGUUUGAUGGUAUUUUUGAAAGCCUUUUGCCAGUAAAUGGUUUACUUUCAGGAGACAAAGUAAAACCAGUACUGAUGAAUUCAAAGCUACCUCUUGAUAUCCUAGGAAGGGUCUGGGAUCUCAGUGAUAUUGAUAAAGAUGGUCACCUGGACAAGGAUGAAUUUGCUGUGGCGAUGCAUUUGGUUUAUAGAGCUCUUGAGAAAGAGCCAGUUCCUUCACUAUUACCCCCUUCUCUCAUACCACCUUCUAAAAGAAAGAAGACGCCUGUCUUUCCUGGUGCAGUUCCUGUUCUCCCUGCAAGUCCUCCACCAAAAGAUAGCCUCCGUUCUACCCCAUCUCAUGGUAGUGUCAACAGUCUGAACAGCACAGGGAGUUUGUCUCCCAAGCACAGCAUCAAACAAGCACAGCCAUCUGUGAACUGGGUAGUACCAACGUCUGAAAAAGUGCGAUACGAUGAAAUUUUCUUAAAAACAGACACUGACAUGGAUGGUUUUGUAAGUGGCCAAGAAGUAAAGGAUAUUUUUAUGCAUUCAGGUCUGUCUCAGAAUCUCCUAGCACAUAUAUGGGCUUUGGCAGACACAAGACAGAUGGGAAAGCUAAGCAAAGAUCAGUUUGCACUAGCAAUGUAUCUCAUUCAACAGAAGGUCAGUAAAGGGAUUGAUCCUCCACAAGUGUUGUCCCCAGACAUGAUCCCUCCCACAGAGAGGAACACGCCCAUACAGACUCUGUCAGGUUACUUGACCUCUGUAGGAACUGAGAUCUCAGCACUAACAGAAAUGCGUCGUGAUAGUUCAAGUUCUGUUGGAUCAGGAGAAUUUACAGGGGUGAAGGAACUGGAUGAUAUUAGUCAAGAAAUUGCACAGCUGCAGAGAGAAAAAUAUUCACUAGAGCAGGACAUUAGGGAAAAGGAAGAAUCAAUCAGGCAGAAAACCAAUGAAGUUCAGGAACUGCAAAACGAUUUAGACAGGGAGACAAGUAACUUGCAAGAGCUAGAGGCUCAGAAACAGGAUGCCCAAGACCGCCUGGAUGAAAUGGACCAGCAGAAAGCCAAGCUGAAAGAUAUGCUGAAUGACGUAAGGCAGAAAUGUCAGGAAGAAACACAGGUGAUUUCGUCACUAAAAAUGCAGAUUCAAUCUCAGGAAUCAGAUUUAAAAUUACAGGAAGAUGACCUUAAUAGAGCAAAAGCAGAGCUGAAUCGCCUCCAGCAAGAAGAGACUCAGCUAGAGCAGAGUAUCCAGGCUGGAAAAGUGCAGCUUGAAACGAUAAUCAAAUCUUUAAAAUCAACACAGGAAGAAAUAAACCAGGCAAGAAGUAAACUUUCUCAGCUUCAAGAGAGUCAUCAAGAAGUCAAUAAGAGUAUAGAAGAAUAUAACGAAGCUCUCAACGGGGUUCACGGUGGUAGUCUGACGAAUUUAGCAGACAUAAGCGAAGGCCUUGGACAGACGGAAAGAAGCAAUUAUGGAGCUAUGGAUGAUCCAUUUAAGAAUAAAGCCUUGAUGUUUACCAAUAAUACACAAGAAUUGCAUACAGACCCAUUCCAGUCAGAAGAUCCUUUCAAAUCUGAUCCAUUUAAGGGAGCAGACCCUUUCAAAGGCAGUGACCCAUUCCAGCAUGAUCCUUUUGCAGAACAACCACCUGCUCCAGCAGAUCCAUUUGGAGGUGAUCCUUUUAAGGAAAGUGACCCAUUUCGUAGUUCUGCCCCUGAGGAUUUCUUCAAGAAACAGGUGAAGAGUGACCCAUUUACCUCAGAUCCAUUCACAAAGCCCCCUACUUUACCCUCAAAGCCUGACCCUUUUGAAAGCAGUGACCCUUUUACGUCUUCCAGUGUCUCUUCAAAAGGUCCAGAUCCAUUUGGAACACUGGAUCCAUUUGGAAGUGGUGCUUUCAGUAGUGGUGAGGGAUUUGCAGACUUCAGUCAGAUGUCAAAGUCAGUAGCUUCAGACCCCUUUGCCUCCUCUUUUGGAGGGAUGGGAUUCUCAGAUGACCCUUUCAAAAGCAAAUCAGACACACCAGCAUUACCACCGAAGAAAAAUGUCCCUCCACGACCCAAGCCACCCAGUGGUAAAAGUACUCCUGUAAGCCACCUUGGGUCUUCAGAUUUUCCCAAGCCCCAUGAUCCAUUCCAGCCAUUUGGGGCUGACAGCAGUGACCCCUUUCAAAGUAGAAAGGGGUUUGGGGACCCAUUUAGUGGAAAAGAUCCAUUUGCUCCCUCCUCUUCAAGUAAAACUUCUAAAGACUCUUCCUUGGGGUUUGCAGACUUCAGCUCUUUUGGAAAUGAAGAGCAGCAGCUGGCGUGGGCAAAGCGCGAGAGUGAGAAAACAGAGCAAGAAAGACUAGCUCGAUUGCGGAGACAAGAACAAGAAGACCUUGAGUUGGCUAUUGCACUCAGUAAGGCUGAUAUGCCAAACUCUUAAAUAGAGGUUCUUUGGCUCCACCCUGUCCAAGUGAAACCUUUAAACGUGGCUUUUAUAAAAAUACUAAAUUCCUGGUUUAUGUUGUGAAAAUAAUUUUAGUCACCUUCAACUCUAAAUGAGACUGGCUGGUUACGUCAAACCGGGCUGUGUGUGGCUUUUCAAGUGCACAAUAUGCAGGAAACACUGUCUAAGCUGUGUUACGCAUUCUAGAUAAAAUUUACCGCUUGUCAGAAAUUUAACGUACGAUCCUAAGAUGCUGAAGGCAAAGUUUCUUCAUCUGGAACACAAUGUGGCGUAUAGUAAACCGCAACUUGUGAAUCUGGCUUUUUAUUACCUGAAUUCCAUGGGUAUUUUUCAGGCUGCAGUAUGAAUUUCAAAGAAAAUGUCAUAAAAAGAUAAUGUUUAUAGAAUUAGCUUUCUCUUGUUACAUUUAUUUAAUGAUUCAUGGUAGGCUAAUCAGUAUGUCAUCUGCGUCAGUCUUCAGCGUAAGUUCAUUAUUAGAUGGUCCCUUUUUAUGCAGGAGAUGUGGCUUUUACAAAAGAAUCUGGUAGUUUCUAUAUGAUGAAUACAAACAUAGUGAGCUGGAUAAAAUACAAAUUUGAAGCCUCUCUGAAUGAGUAGUUCUAAUUUAAGCCUUUGUUUGUAUUGAGUUUUAAUAACUGUAUGUGGUGUUGUAAAAGAGGGAGUUAAUUCAGUUGUAGGAAAUUGGACAAAUAAUUUGGCUAUUAAAUCAUUAGGCGAAAUCUUGCUUUAUCUCAUAAGCAGAUGUGACUGCAGGAUUGUGAUGCAAGUUUGAGUGCUACUUGCAUGUAAAACCAAGCAAUGGGAAGUUUCCUAAGCUUGAGCAGUGUUCAUCCCUGCAACUCAAUUUUACCCUCUCUUUCUCCAACUGCCAGAGCACAGACCGUAUUAUUUGUGGUAGCCUACUGACUGUGUGAGGCAGUCGUUUUACCUCUAUUUCUUGAAUUCCACCUAUCUUAUCUUAUGGGAUUACAGAUCAAACAUAAUUUAACUGAAGUAAGGCCAAGUUGAAACAGAUUUUAUUUGCCAAAUACAAGUUCCUGCGUAAGUUAUAGAAGCAGCGUUAGGCUGGAUUGGCUUUAAAAUAUGGCUUGCAGUAGUAAGCCCACGUAGGAACAGAUUUUAUAUACACCUGUAGAACUCACUACUUCCACCUCGCAAGGAUAAUGCAGAAUGUGUUUUACAUGUCACAUACAAAAUAAGUCCUUAUCAUAAGUCUGUGAAUUAUUUACUUGCUCAAAAUGCCUUUUCUGAUUACAGGAAUUCUGAAACUUCAGUUGUCUUUGCCUUGGACUUUUGUGUCUAAACAGAGUAGGCGUCUAGCACAAAAUGUUUUCAAAUGUCCUUAAUGUAUGUCUGCUUUCCUAUCCUUGGUUCUGCAGGAAUACAAAGCUUAACAGUCUGUUUUUACUGAUGCAGCCCUUAUCUUUACAACAUUUUCUCUGGGUUUUUUGGGGUGGUUGUUUUUUGGAGGAUUUUUGGGUUUUGGUUUGGCUUUGUUUUUGAAACUCUGGUACUCCUUCAUCAUUAAGGCAUCUAUAUUUUUUAUGUCCUUGUUUCCUUCUGUUUUUCAUAAUACAAAGAUAGCGCCUGUUCACUGAAUGAGAACAAUUUUUCCCCGUUCUGUUGUAACUGCCUUAUGCUGGAUGCUUUCCUUACAGGGAGAUAAGAAUCAGACUGGAUCAUUUUAAUCUUCUUAGUAGUUUUCAGCUCUGAAAUGCAGCUAAGAUGUGGCAUCUGUUGUCUCAGGCUCUUGCGAGUAGGUAUCUGGGUGAGUGCGUGUCUGUGUACGUACGCACAUCACGCGCAUCCAUCCGUUUCCAUACGCAGCAGCGCAUGCGACAACACUGAAACCCCGUAUCGCAAAGUGCAGUUUUAGGAGUCACAAUUCCCUGUUUGCUGUGUGUCUUCCAUGCUAAUGCUACUACCAGUAAUGUGAAUCUUUAAUUCCCCUCAGAAGGGGAGAAGAUGCAUUCUAGUAUCAAAACCAACCAUAUCAUGAUCUUUUAAUAUUGUUUUUAAUGACCCCUUUGGAAUGCAGUAGAAGGUAUUUCAGAUUUUACAGAACCUGAUUUGAAAUCCCUUCUCAUUCUAGCAAUUUUUCUCUAAAAUACGUUAGAUUAAAUGAUCAACCAUACAAAAAUGUCAACAAAUUCUCUUUUCUGUUGGUGUAGCGGACUUGAAGUCUCUGAGAUCAACCUUGGGUCCGUCUAUAGCUAGCAUGAGAUACAACUUUUGCUACGAAACAGCAAUUUUAAAAACUGAACGGCUGCAGGAUUCUUGAAGUUAAACAUAAUUGUAUCCACGUGUAAGAUUCUCCUUUUCAUUUUCAUUUGGGCCUGCGUUUUUGUGGCGUCUUCGCUGCUACAAUAAAACCCCAUUCAUAUGUAGUGCCAUUUUAGAAAGGAAAACCACUUUUGGACUACUACUCGGAUGAUGUCACUCCAGUGGGACAGGGUGGAUGAGCUAAAUAGCUUGAUUCAUUUUCUGAGUUAUGUACCAUAACAAGACUUUCUGCUACUUUGUCAGUGCUCUAACAUGCUGUCAUUGGUAAGGCUUCUAAGGCAAUGAGUCGGUGUUUUCAAGAUGUUCAGCAGGAAGACAGAAAUGUGAAUUAAUCUAGCAUUCCGUGUAGUGUUAGAACUCGGUGCUCCUUUCCCUACUCCCUUAUUGACUCAUUCUUCAUAUUUGCUUGGACGGUAACAGAAGAAUCCAGCAAAUGAACAAGGACAGAACAUGUUCUCUAUGCACAGUGUACUAGAUUUAGUAACCUUAGGUUUACUGAAACACUCUUGAUUCAGAAUUUUAGGCGCUGCAGUAGAAGAAAACUUAGCUGUGAUUUCUCCCCAUUGUAUUUAAUACUGUUUUAUAUAGAGAGAGGAAAAUUACCCACGUUCUUCCCUUACGCUUGUAACUCAGUGUUUUGUGUAAUGCCUGCACUCGCUCUUCUGAGAGAAGACUCUUAUCGCAAGACAUCACCUUCUUCCUCCAGAACAGUGAAAUUUAAAGCACAAAUAGGUCUAUCGCUAUUUGGGCAGAGAAAAUAUGUACAAUGCAAGAUAUAUAAAAUGUGAGUAUACACAAUGCAUAUACAGUGUACAUUGAGAUCCAUGUUAUUUGUGUCUUAUGUGUAUAUAUAUAUAUAUAGUGUAUUGUAUAAUGUAAUAAUAGUGUGUGUAUAUACUAUAUAUGUCCACAUACUAUGUCUAGUAUAUAGUUACUUGUGCUGUACAUAAAAUGUGUAUAUACAAUGAAUAUGUAGAAUAUGCACAUACAUCCUAUGUAUUGAAGCUCAUGUGUAUGUAUGUAUUCUCUAAACAGAGAUGGAUACAGAGACGGAGGUUUCUCAGAAAUGCAGGUUAGAUCAUGGCUCUUAGAAUUUCAAAGUUCUGGUGAAAGAAAAAAAAAGGAGUAAAGACUACUUUAAUAAAUUUAUUUCAAGAUUACUUUCAUUGGCAUGAAGAACUGUGUUCGCUAGCUGUGCCAAGGGUGAGAGAGAAACCUGGCAGAAAGUAGGCAUCAUCUGCACUGGAUGUGAUUUCACAUUCUUUGGAGUUUUUAAAGUGUCUUUUUGAAACGUGGGCUCAAUUUCUGGUCAUCUUGCGUGUGAUGGUCAUGUCAUCUUUUCUUUUUUCUCUAGGCUGAGGCAAUGAUUUUUCUCUUACAUUUGCUUGUAGUUUCACUUCUCUCUUUUUUUUCUGCCUUUUUAAAAAAUGACUUUUAAGGAGCUAUUCCCAUACACACGCACACCCCAAACAGUCGCACGCUAAGGUGGAAAACAUGUUUUUCUCGCUCCAUUCCAGUUAUAUAGGUUGCACAUAAUUGUCAUCUGGAUUUCGGCUCUGGUUUUCCUCCGUUUCCACCUAAGCUUUUACUUCAGGAGGAACGACUAUCCAUUGCAUUCUUGGCUUUGAGGAAAGAAUGGAGGUGAUUCUACUUUCUACUCAAAUAAAUUAUUAGACUCUGUGGUACGUUGAGCAAUCACAAGGAGUUUAGUAGGCUUUUAUAGUGGCACAUGUGUGUUUUAUGCAGAGUAUCGUCACUGCUGGAAUGACUCAUGGAAAACCGUGAAUUGCACACAGCACCGAGGCACAACAGUUAAAACAGGAAAGACGGACAAUUAUUCACGUCAAACCUACGCAGGCAAACUUUGCAUGUAGGACACAGGUAUUGAAUUACCCACGUUAUCCUUUAUAGACCAGUGUGUUCACAUUUGCCUCGAGUGGUUUCCCUAAGUUAUAUUCAGAUAGUCUCGUUGUAAAACAUACCAGUCAUUCUGCAAUGAAAACAGAUGCUCAUAAAAGUAGUACUUCUACAAUAAUGCUGUAUGAAAUAUUUUUAUAUUGGCAAAUUUUUCCUUAGGAAAUCUCUGCCCUACGAGGAUCAUCAGUCCUUACCGUAUUUUGUUUCAUGUAAUGUGCUCUCAAAGCGUAGGAAAUUCCAAGCUGUGUCUGACUGCGUAAACUCUUUUUAUUUUUUCAAAUUCCUGUCCGUGAAAUCUGUUGUCAGAAAUUUUUGUAGAAAUUAUUUUGUCAUCUUAUGCUUAAAGAUAAUGCACUUUUCUUGGAUUCUUCUUAUAAUCCUUUUGGGGUUACUAUUUCUUCUUUAGCGUUUCUCCAUUGAGAAGAGUAUUUAUUCUGUAGAACCGAGGCCCAACGAAUUUUGGUCCAAGUAGAACUGUUGCUUUCCCUCAUGUAAGAGUUUGAUUUCUCCCUUCAUCUGCGCUUUAGUCCUCCCUCUCAGGAAUUUCCUUUCUGUUUAAUCCUCAUUUAGCGUUGGAACUCUGUUAAAGUGAAUUGAUCGUGCUAAUAACAAUCUAGUUCAAGUAUCUUCCUACACCAGUGGAAAAGCUAAGUUUUUGUUGUGUGUCAACCACUGCAUCUCUCUGUAGACUUCACAACAAACAUCUUUUCUUAGAAAGGAAUUUUGCUUGGAGUAUGGUGGAAUCAUAGAAGAUUUAUUUUUAGAGUAAAUAUGUUAACUAUUAUUCAUUGACACACCUGUUUUAUCAGUUGAUAUACUGCUCUUUUUACUUGAAAAGUUUUAUAAAUAAAGGCUAAUUUGUUAUAAAACGGAAUUUUCAUUUUCCCAGCUUCUGCCUUCCCCUUUAAGAGGAGAACUCCUAGUGACUAUGGUUCCUUCUGCUGUUAACAAUUAUAGAGUGCUCUUCUGGGGUCCCUUUUAAUACGACGUUCUUUAGUCUGACCUAAAAAAAGUGGAAAAACAAGGUGGAAACUCAAUGUUGACCUAAAUUUGACUAAUAUCUCCAAAUAUGUACAUUAUUGUAGUUAUAUUUAUCUUUCAAAUAUCAUAACAAAUUGGAAAGUAUUUUAAUUUUAACCCAUCUCAUGUGUUUAUUGUUUAAUAUUAUAAAAGAAAUGUUAUUGUUUAAUAUAAUAAAUGAAAAGUUACUUUUUGGAGCGCUGA